UUUAUCUUUAGAGAUGCGAAUCAUACAUUGAGUUAUGUACACUAUCGAUGAGUAAUCUUUUACUGAAACCUGGACUUAAAAUUAACCAAAACCGCUCGCAAACGCAGAACAUAAUAGAGCUGUUACUGUGCGCCUCUCGCGUACUCACUCUUCAUGCACCGAGCACCAGACUACUAUAGCCAAAGAUAUCACUUUAGUUUUUUGGUUACAGUAUACGGAACACAAAGACUAGAGACUGAGAGCAGAAGAGGAGGCAGUUACUUAAACAAAACCUUCUAUCACCAAAAAAUAUUUUGUGAACCAAGUUUUCUCUACAAAAUACGUAUUCAACUAUGAUCUCCAAUAUUAAAGAUACUUUCUUGUAUUUUGCUUAUGGCAGUAAUUUAUUUAAGAAACGAAUUCACAUUAAUAAUCCAUCUGCUGUAUUUAUUGGCGUCGGAAAAUUAGAAGAUUAUCAAUUAGACUUCAUCAAGUACUCAGAUAACUGGCGGGGGAGCUCUGCAACUAUUGUGCCUGUAGAAGGAAGCCAAGUAUGGGGUGCUAUAUGGAGAGUUGAAAAUAUACAUAUGCCAGCCUUAGAUAGACAAGAAGGAGUGGAAACAAAUUGGUACUUCCCUAAAACUGUCACAAUUUUUACUGAAGAUGGAAAGAAAGUAGAAUGUCGAACAUAUCAACAGACAAUUAAUCCGCCACCACGCAGGGAUGAUCAAGAUAUACCAAUAGAUAGGAGGCCAUCCAUGACCUACAUGGAAUGCAUUCUGAAAGGAGCCAAGGAGUGUGGACUUCCCAAAGAAUAUAUUAAGAAGUUGGAGAGAAUACCACAUAAUGGACAAGAGGCACCAAACAUGAAAAAGCUUUUGGAAUAAUUUAUGUAAUAAGCCCUACCAUAAUAAAUAAAUAAAACUGACAUUCAAGAUGAUGAUGAAUAGCAAAGACUUAGUACUUUGUGACUGUGAUUUAUAUUAUUUAUGUUAAUAAUAAUAUACCUAUGUAUGUUACACUA